GCGUAAUAACUCGAACAAGUGUUUUUGACGGCCGGUGUACCCUCCGGUCGGUGAAGUAAAAAAAGUACCAUGGAGGUGAACGGGUGGUUCAUGCCAUUCUGCCGUACGUCGCGUAGGCAAACUCGCCUCAUCGAGAGUUGCUGUUCCCUAUAAAGGCCCGGCAGCCGAGCCUUGUUGAGUGUGGGUGAGGCUUUACGAGCCGUUGGGGGAAGGGAACCUUUUGUCUUUUUGCGUGCUGUAAUGAUAUCUAACAGGUUUUAUGAAAAACGCGGCCGUGAGUUUAUUUUUAGUCCUCUUUGUUUGUCGGUGCUGGUAAAACGUCUCGGUGUGAAGAGUAUUUUGCUCUGUAUUGUUAUCCUUGCGAACAAUAAUAAGUCAUGUUUCGGAUAAAUUCGCCUCUCCCAGAGAAGCUCACGCGCGUGAUACGCUACGUCCAGGGGCGAUGGGCGGGUGUGUGCUGAGCUCGGUCCUACGGUGUUAGCCUACGCAAGACUGCUGUAGAGCAAAACACUCGAAGACUGCAAAAGCCGCCGUAUUUUGCUGUGAACCAUCUCAUAGUCUCAAGUCAGGGCUGAAGUUCGUCGGUGUUGGUAUGGCGUGUAGUAUCGUUUAUGCGCAGCAGGUUUUAGUUCCUCGAUUCAGCAGCCUGCCCGUCGCGUGAUUUCCGGGCCGCGCCUGCACAUGUAUGUACGCGCCUUUUUGUCCUCUCGUGACGAAAAGAGAAAAGAGAGCGAGUGUUUUAGUUGUGCUGUCGUUGGUUUUUAGCGUGUGCGGUACACGUCUUCUGGUCUGUUCGAACGAUGAUGGGCGGAGGCAAAGCUGCUGGGUGUGUUGCUGAGUAGGCACUACUGCUGUGCUCUUUGUGUACGUCAAGUCGUUUCUUCUGAUGCUUUUGGUUUUCUUUCGCAACUAUUUUUGUUGCUCGUUCAUCCCUCACAUAGUUCUGAGGGGAUUGUGAUGAUUCUCAAUAGUGCAUCAGCGAAAUCUCCUACUUGUUACCUCUGAAAGAAGGCGAAUAUUUC